UGAUCCUGCUGGCUGUUGUUGAUGCCUGAAGUUGCCGUUGUUUGGACACUGUGUCGCUCUUUAUCUGCUCCUGACAUUGAAGACACAGAGAAAGGGACACGGUGGGCAUUUACCGACUGAAGGGCUUAUGAGUAACAAGGGACGCUAGGACUUUGUAAACCAACGCACUAAAAGCGGCACAAGAGCUAACGUUAGCUCCAACCGUCCGCUUGAAGGGAAGAAAGAAAAACAGGCUUUCUUUGUUUAUGUCGUGCCAGUCUCAAACGCAAUAUUCACUCUCCUUGUUGUUAAUUUAAGCAUAUUUUUCUCUGUGCACACGUUAUUUAUAUUUAUACUUCAUUGCCAUUACGUGAAGGGCAGCUAGCCCGUGAGCUACCGUUAGCCCAUAGCGCGAAUAAAAACAGUGUUGUUGUCAAAGCUUUGAUGCGUUUUGUGACCGCCCGACAGCGACAGAUACCGACAGCUCACAGUCUGAGUAGUUGCGACAGUUAGGAGACAUUAUUUCCGUGCCUCUGUCAUUUUUUAACCUGUUAGUCACUGGACUAGAUGGUCUGUUUAGAGACACAUAGGACACAACACUAGCCAAACAAGCUGUACAUUGAAUCCUGUUGGAGUUUGUCCUCUCCGUCUGUUUAUUCUAAACUUGCAUUGACUGGAUUCAGGUUGUUGUUGUUGUUUUUUUAUCUGUAUCGAUUUUUCUAGACCACACAAACAAGCAAUAGGUUGACUGACAGCUGGCCUUGUGCGGUUUAAGUUUGCUGGCAGGUUGCGUAAUUUGUUUGUGUGCAAGCUUGUCAGUCUUGGCAAAGGAACUUUUUAAACAAAAUCAGCUGUCGGCGCCGCUGUGAAUAUCAUUUUAUAUGUUCGACUCUUUUUAUCAGUCCACUCUGGUACCGUUUUAAUGUCAACAGUAUAUGACAUGUGAUCGAGUGGACACUUUUUUUUACUGUAACGCAUAGAUCGAGUGGCUGCUUCAUGCUCACACUCAUGAAUUUGGUGGCUUUGGAGAAAUAAGUGUGUCGCUGUAGAGUUAUGAAUUAAAGUAGCCGACUGAAGCUGUUGUGAGACAGUGCUGUGAUCAGGGAGAGACGAGCAAAAGGAGAGAGAGAGAGAGAGAGGGUCUCUCAGAGGGUCCCAUUGUGUCUUGAGGUGAGGUGAGCUGCCCCCCACUACUUGCCAAUGCUGGAUCUGGAGGUGGUGCCUGAGAGAUCACUAGGAAAUGAACAAUGGGAAUUCGCCUUAGGGAUGCCAUUGGCCCAGGCCAUCUCUAUUCUGCAGAAACACUGCCGUAUCAUCAAAAAUGUCCAGGUGCUAUACAGUGAACAGACACCACUCAGCCAUGACCUCAUACUGAACUUGACUCAGGAUGGGAUUAAACUGCUGUUUGAUGCCACAAAUCAGAGACUCAAGGUGAUUGAAGUGUAUGACCUGAGCAAAGUCAAGUUGAAAUACUGUGGAGUCCAUUUCAACUCUAAGGCCAUUGCCCCCACAAUAGAGCAAAUAGACCAGUCAUUUGGAGCUACGCACCCUGGAGUGUACAACGCAGCAGAGCAGUUGUUCCAUCUCAACUUUCGAGGACUGUCCUUCUCCUUCCAACUGGACUCAUGGAACGAAGCCCCGAAGUACGAGCCUAACUUUGCCAUGGGUUUGGCCUCCCUGCAGAUUCCACACGGGGCAAUGGUCAAGAGGAUGCACAUCUACACUGGCAACAACCUGCAAGAAACAAGAGCUCCGGUGAUGCCACUGGCUUGUUUCCUUGGCAACAUCUACGCAGAGUGCGUGGAUGUCCUCAGAGAUCGUGCAGGGCCUCUGGGGCUCAAACUGCGCCUCCUCACUGCUGGUGGUGGUUCCGGUGUGAUGGCUGAUGCUAAAGUGAGAUCCCUAGAGAGAAGCAUCUACUUUGGAGAUUCCUGUCAGGAUGUACUGGGUGCUCUGGGCUCGCCACAUAAAGUCUUCUACAAGUCUGAGGACAAGAUGAAGAUCCACUCUCCGUCACCACACAAGCAGGUUCCUUCAAAAUGUAACGACUACUUCUUCAACUACUUCACCCUCGGAGUGGAUAUCCUGUUUGAUUCGACAUCUCACCUGGUUAAGAAGUUUGUCCUCCAUACCAACUUCCCCGGACAUUACAACUUCAAUAUAUAUCAUCGAUGCGACUUUAAGAUUCCACUAGUCAUCAAAAAAGAUGGAGCUGAUUCCCAGACAGAGGACGGCAUAUUAACCACCUACAGCAAGUGGGAUCAGAUUCAGGAACUGCUGGGUCACCCAAUGGAAAAACCUGUCGUGCUCCACAGGUCUUCGUCAGCCAAUAACACCAACCCCUUUGGCUCUACCUUCUGCUUUGGACUGCAGAGGAUGAUCUUUGAGGUGAUGCAGAAUAACCACAUAGCAUCAGUGACCCUCUACGGUGCUCCAAGGACCACCAGUCAAGCCCGACCUGAGUCCAGUAGCAGUUCCCACUGAACAAGUAACCAGAACCACAUCCCAUUCUGGCCUGUUCCGAAUCUAGUACCUCUACUGACUGAACUUCUAACCCAGAGCCAGAUUCUUAACCAAGCAGACCUAACCCAGAGCAACAAAGUCAUUCUAGCCCAGCUCAGAUGCUACACAACAGACACCCAGGAUCAUUCAGAACAACCAAAUUCAACUUUGCAUUAUUCAACUUUUUUCCCUGGUGGGUUCCAUGAAUCACUCUUCUAACCAGACCAGACAUACCGGGGGCCCGCCAGCAACCCAACUUUGACUAUCGCAGCGGUUCUGCAAACUUGACACAGUGAAAGAAAUGUGCAUUCUAGUCGAGCUGAACCGUUUCCUGUUUCCAUCCAGCGACAGCAUCCGCCCAGGACCACAAAUGAAGAGUUUGGCCAGACUAGUUUGGAUGUCAUUUUCCACCGUUAAGAUGUAAUGGCAGACUGUAUGUGACAACACCCUUCACAACAUCGUGGUGAUGAAACGCAACAGAAGGAAAAUGUCAAAAAGUUAAUACAGCCGUCACCGAAAACUGCUGCGGCCAAAGUCUUUGAGACAAGGGCUGGCUCGACCCGCCGAACACACAUCCACCGACAGCACUUCCAGCCCAGCUAGUACCGCCUGUCUUCCUGCCACACAUUCAGAAUUAGACUGAACUGGCUCAGUCAAAAAAAAAACCCGGGACACAUCCAAACUGCGAGAACCAAAACCAGCCCAACGAGGAGAGCCGGCGGAGCCAAACACAGCGGAAGCUGCAGAGGUAACCAAAACCGGAAAAAACAAAACAAAACACCAGAAUCCAGAUUUUUUUGUUCGGACUUAAGAAGAACCAAACACACUCAGGGGUUUGGAGACAGACGCGGCCCAGGAUGUAACCCCCCCACCACCACCACCACCACCACCACUCCCCCACCCCUCCAAUCCUGCUCACUGGCCGGGCCAGUCCAACCAGAUGUGAAGCCUCUUGAAAGCAGAAUGAUCCAAACUUCCAACAUCACCUCCCUCAUCCACCUUCACACACACACACACUCUUCCUCCAACUGUCUCCAGCGGCACCCACUAACACACACACACACACACACACACACACACACACACACACACACACACACACACACACACACACACACACACACACACACACACAACACUCUAUUAACAGACGUUGGCAUGUCUGGCUUCUUGCUUACACACACACACACACACACACACACACACACACACACACACACACACACAUACACAUACAUUCACAUAAACAAGCAUCUGCAUGCGUUUGGCUGCUGAUUUUUUUAAUUUUUUAAUUGACAUUUCAACAGACUGUAACUUCAAGCACACCGCAUUUCAAUCUGCUCUCUAACUACAGCGUGUUUUCUCAUGUAUUUCUAAUACAUGUCAACCGGCUCCAUCUUUUUAGGCCUUUUUUAAGCGAACACGAACACGGAGACAUGCAGGCAUGCACGCAGACGCAAAGGAUUUGCAUGAACUAUGACAGACGCAUCUGAAUGAGAGGAAACUUACUAAAAAGCACAAAGUGGCGACCUGUUUUUGUUUAGUAGCUAGUACGGUCCUGCAUGUUGUGAGGGGCACACAGUUUUUCUUCGAGUUUUUCUCUGCCCUGUUUUAGUCAUUCACACCAUUUUCAUGUUGUUGUUUUUUUUUUUUUUUUUUUUUUUUUUAAAUCAAUGUUUACAUUUGCACUAAUACACACCCUUUUACUUGAUUGGUUUAUCGUGCCCUAUCCUCAAAAGAUGGAUCAAAUUCGGAGAGAUAGCGGUGUGUGUGUGUGUGUAUGCACGUGCGUGUGUGUGAAUGUGUGUUUUAUCCAUAUGUUAGGACAGAGAAGAGGUCGUAUGCAGUCAUGCCUUCCGUGUUGCACUCUUCUCCCCCUUUCCUCUGCGCUUUUCACCUCCGACCCAUCCCUCAGUGAUGUCUGCGUUUAUUUCUUUGUUGUCCAAUUGCCAAAUGCUAUAGCCAAAGACGUUUCAGGAUGAUUUUUUUUCCCCCCCCGUUGUAUCUGCUGACAUUAUCACUGUAAUCUCUCUCGUCCGAACGUGUCCCGCGGAGAGUUGCACGUCCUCGUCUUUCCCGUCGCAUCUUUUUGUUUUUCUAACCUGCACAUCAGAGUCAUCGCCGUGGUAAAAGCCUCUAAAUUCAGCUCUUGGAUUUCCGUAAUUACGCAAGACACAAACAGCUGACUCGUGUAAAUGUUCUACAAAGCAGUCAGCCAUUUUUGAUCUGGAUUUGGUUACAGCUGGAGACGCAUUAACAAUACUAACAAGUAGUGUCUAAUCGUACAGUGGUUAUAGUUGUCAGAGAGCUGUAAUUUAAAGAAUUACCAUUAUUUCUUUGUGAAUUCAGCACAUUUGAACCCAUUUUUGGAAAUGGGGAAGACCAUCAGUCAUUCCUGCAUCGUAGCAUGUGACUGCAGUUUGCAUCUCUCCCUCCCAAUAUAUGAAUUUCAAUUUUUUUUCUUUUCAUAACAAGUCAUUCAAUAAACGGUGUAUUAAUUGUAAUACACAUUUGCAUUUUAUUUUCCGUUGAUGAAAUGCCAUUUGUUUUGUAUUUUUCUCAUUAUUGCUGAAUAUAUGAUGUGUAUGAAAGCAUGUGAAGGCUUCAGGGGGUGAAGUCAGGGCCUGUAUACAUGAUGACAUAAUGUAUUAAGUGUUUGUGAAGCAGAGACAGAUUUGUCUUUGUUCACAUUUUAAAAGCAUGAAAUGAGUUUGGCUGCUUGCAGAUGGGUUUGCAAAAGAUAUAGAGUUUCAUAAAACGGGUACGAUGUUUUGUCACGAGAGCAGUUUUGUAUUUUACUGGCUUUUACUUUUUUUUUUUUUUGGAUCUCAUUAAUAGGAGGAGGAACUCUUCCUGCAUAAUAUAAGAAAAAUAAGAUCGACUCAAGGUGUCAAGCCCAAUGUUUCUGAUAAAUUCUUAAUCAAGAGGACAAAUCUGUUACAGUUCAUCGAUGGUAAACAUCAUUCAUGGUACCUUUUUAAGUCAGAAGGUUAACUGGAUUGUUAAAUAAUUCACAUGUUCUUUUGUUUCUUACCAGACAAUUUUACCACAAGAAGGCCAAGUUCUAAUUAUCUCUCAGAACAUUCAAGCUGUUAGUUCUUUCUGUUUUCUUCUUUUUUUUCUUCUUUUUUUUCUUAUACGGGCCCUGAUGCUUAUGGAGUUUAUGUCGAUGCAGAAAAUGCUGUAAAUAGUUGUGUGCUCGUAUUCUGCUGUCUUUUUUAUUUUCACGAUCUAACGGCUUGGCAACAGACACAAACUUGACUCGGAGUAUCUUUAAUUAUUUCCUCCUUGAUUCUGAUUCGAUUGAAAACUCAGGAGGAAGCAUCUGCUCACAGCUGACUCAUUAACAAUCACUGGAAGUUUUUUUUUUUUUUUCUUUUAUUAAAUUUUUAUUCCAGACCACUCAGUAUUGACACUUUAAUUUCUCCAUGUGCCAUGCUAAAGCUGCAAGUAGACAGAUGUGUUUGGUAUCAGCGGACGGCCCUGCUUUCAGCUCUGCUUGACCCGUAGCUGCAGGGCGUUCACGUUUUGACCCCACAGAACAGCAUUGAACUGAUCAUCCUUCUCCAGAGAUGUUUUUUGUAGAGUGGACAGAAUCUGAUUUGGAGUCUAGCUUUGGCAUGAUGCUAGAUUUUUAUUUUUUUUUCUUGUUUACACUAGUAAAAAUAUCUCUUUGGUUGUAAUGUGGUUUCUGAAACCUGGAGAUGGAUAUUCCACUGCUUGGUUUCUUAAACUUGGGACCCUGAAAGCUAGAACGGUGUUUCAGGAUUAAAGUCUAAUAAAUAAAAAAACAAUUUUCUCAUCGGGUUUCCAGGUUUAAGACAUUUAAGAACAACGGCUGUCCGGCACCGUGUUCCCUACUCCUGUUCUGGUGUAUCCACAUCUUGGGUUGAAAUAGAGCAACGGAUGUAUUAUAAUUGUUAUGAAAAAUUAUAUUCGAACAUUUUACUUUACAUUUUACAACUUGCUUUUGUGCAAGUAAAUAUGAAAAGAAAAAGAAAAAAAACACCAAA